AAUAUGGCGUCUGCAAUGGAUAUGGAAUCUAAAGACAAACAGUAUAUUGAUAUCAAGUUAAAAUAAAGACUAAUUAAAGCCGCGGUGGAAUUGUAAAUGGACGAUAAGGAAUCUUCGGCCAUGUUUUUUUAUUGUCCUUUUUCUUGAUCUCGGAUAUAAACCCGCAACACAUGUCAGAAGAAGCCAGGUCUGCCUGGUCAAAGAGGGGUUGUGGGGACUCGCAGCGCCGAGAUCAGGGCAAACAUAAACAGAGGAAAUGUGAGCGUCCCCUCAGCCUGCUGUCAGCUAAGCUCGAGACUGGCCUCGAGGCCCCUAAAAGGUGUGUGAUGUCGGGGGGGGAGGUGGAGAUGUACCUGUCCCAGGUGCAUGAUGGGAGCGUGUCCUCAGGGUUUCGGGCGCUCUACGAGGAGAGACUCCUAUUGGAUGUCACGCUGCUCAUAGAGGAACACCACUUCCAGGCUCACAAGGCCCUGCUAGCGACCCAGAGUGACUACUUCCGGGUCAUGUUCACAGCAGACAUGCGAGAGAGAGACCAGGACAAGAUCCACAUGAAGGGGUUAACAGCUGCCGGCUUCGGCCACGUACUGAGGUUCAUGUACUACGGUUCACUGGAGCUCAGCAUGGUCACUGUGCAGGAGAUACUACAGGCAGCCAUGUACGUCCAGCUGACAGAGGUGGUGGAGUUCUGCUGUUCCUUCCUGCUGUCUAAGAUCUGUCUGGAGAACUGUGCUGAAGUGCUGAGGCUGCUGGAGGACUUCAGCGUGGGGGUGGAGGGUGUGCAGGAGCAGCUCGACAACUUCCUGCUGGAGAACUUUGUUCCUCUGAUGAGCAGACCUGACUUCCUGUCCUACCUCAGCCUUGAGAGACUGCAGGCGUACCUGGACAGUGAUGCCCUGAGUCGCUUCCCAGAGAUAGAGCUUUAUGAGUCUGUCCAGGCCUGGCUACGACACGACCGCCGCCGCUGGAGACACACAGACACUGUCGUCCAGUCUCUACGCUUCUGCCUCAUGACUGCCGUUAAUGUCUUCGAAAAGGUGAAGACGUCAGAGUUCUAUCGUUACUCUCGACGGCUGCGUCAGGAGGUAGACCAGGCUCUCGGCUACUUCCACGACGUCAACGAGCAGCCGCUGGUCGAGACGCGGUCCAAUCGCAUCCGCUCAGUCCGACCACAGACCGCCGUGUUUAGGGGUAUGAUCGGACACAGCAUGGUCAACAGCAAGAUCCUACUGCUGCACAAACCCAAGGUGUGGUGGGAGUUGGAAGGUCCCCAAGUCCCUCUCCGUCCAGAUUGCUUGGCCAUCGUCAACAACUUUGCCUUCCUGUUGGGUGGGGAGGAGCUAGGGCCUGACGGGGAGUUCCACGCCUCCUCUAAAGUCUACCGUUACGACCCCCGCCAGAACUCCUGGCUACGCAUGGCCGACAUGUCUGUACCCAGGUCAGAGUUUGCAGUGGGGGUCAUUGGUAAGUUCAUCUACGCUGUUGCUGGCCGGACGCGGGACGAGACGUUCUACUCCACGGAGCGCUAUGACAUCACGGCGGACCGCUGGGAGUUUGUGGACCCGUACCCGGUCAACAAGUACGGUCACGAGGGCACAGUCCUAAACGGUAAACUCUACAUCACAGGAGGAAUCACAUCCUCAUCCACCUCCAAACAGGUGUGUGUGUUCGACCCUGGGCGAGACGCAGGGGGAGGGGUGUGUUUAGCGGGCUCCGGGGGAGCGGGAACGACGGACACACACAGGACGCGCUCAGCUCGCACCCCCAUCCUCCCCAGCACACACACCAGCUGCUGGGAGAACAAGUCGAAGAUGAACUACGCUCGCUGCUUCCAUAAGAUGAUCUCCCAUAACGGGAAGCUGUACGUGUUCGGGGGGGUGUGUGUGAUCCUCCGGGCGUCAUUCGAGUCGCAGGGCUGCCCAUCCACAGAGGUCUACGACCCUGAGACAGAUGAGUGGACCAUCCUGGCGUCGAUGCCCAUCGGGCGCAGUGGGCACGGUGUGGCGGUGCUGGACAGACAGAUCAUGGUGCUGGGGGGCCUCUGCUAUAAUGGACACUACUCUGACUCCAUCCUCACCUUCGACCCCGACGACAACAAGUGGAAGGAAGACGAGUAUCCCAGGAUGCCUUGCAAACUGGACGGGCUGCAGGUGUGCACUCUACACUUCCCUGAGUACGUCCUGGAGCACGUCCGGCGCUGCAGCUGAGGUCUGGUUCAGUUCAGACAUGCUCCUUUUUAAGGUUUGGGAAUGUCCCCCUUUUUAAGACAGACUCCUCCCACAGGCUCCAGACGGCAGAUGUGGGUCGGGCGGUGGAGGAUAGGUGUUUACAGGUGUGACACUAACGCUCUAAUUACACAGAAGCUUUUCAACUAGAGAGACAGAAUGGACUAAGCAGUCUCAAAAACCCGAUCCUAGGCAACACCAUGACUAUGGUCUGGUUUUAAUGAUGGACGCUUUUGGCAUAGUGGAACUACGUCACUACCUACGCCGAUAAGGGAAAAUAAAUAUUUUGGGGAUUCGCCCAGCAAAUCGUGAGGCAGACAUGCCAGAACAUCGAGAUUCAAAUCCAAAGUUUGCAUGCAAAACCUUUGCAGUGGUUUUACUUAUUUAAGUGUAAAUCCAUUUGAAUUCAAUCACUUCUUGACAGCAUCCCUUUUGAUUUGAACGAAACCUUCCAUAUACAUUUUACAUAUUUUAUAAGCGUUCAGAAAGUGACUUUGUGGACAGGAAUUUCAAAACAUUCAAGAGAUAAAUGUACUCAAAGUUAAUCCAUUUUGCAUAUGUACAGUUGAAGUCGGAAGUUUACA